AUGUCACGUGAUGAACAAAUGUACGGACAGAUGGAUGAACGGAUGGAUGUACGGCUGACAACUUUACAUAAUGAAACGAUGUACGGUCGCAUGGAAGAUUGGACUGUUGGACUAUUGGAAAGACGGAAGAAAGAAUGGAUUAACGGACUGACGGAUGAAAAAACGAGCGGAUUAUUGCACCGCACAAGUACUACAAACCCACUUAGGCCGUAUUGUGCCACACACCUGCACACUGGGCGCAACGUGUCAUUCGUACUACAGAACGGGCAUUCCCGUGUUAGUUACCUUCGCUCCUACUACCCAAGUGUAGCCGAAAUCGCCUGCAUUCAUUGUCGCCGAGCGAACUCACUACCGCAGGAGCUCGAGUACUUUAUGUCGUUUGCGCUGGCGGAUGUCAUCUACUGCUUGAUGGCCUCAUCGGUGCGCGCUGCUAAUAUGCCCGAAGAGUUUCGCCAAAUCUUGAUUCGUACAUUCGCUAAACUCAGACAGUAUCAUGUUCUAUGGACAUGGAAGGGCAAUGUCACAGAAGGCAGUGACCUGCCAUCUAAAGUGCGCCUGAGCGCUUGGUUACCGCAACAAAACAUACUCGGCCAUCAGCGUCACAGGAUCUUCAUAACACGCGGCGGCCUACUGAGCAUGUACGAAGCAAUUUAUGCGGUGCCUGUGAUGAUGUAUUCUGCGAUCGCGAUCCUUACCUCCCACAAAUCCCGACGCGCGUUGUUAUUCGCUCAGCCGAUGUCACCGCUAGAGAUGGCAAUCUUUUGAACUGAGUAUAAUCUACGCCACCACGACGCACAUCAUUUGCAAACAUCUGCACGCGACUUGAACUAA